GCGCUCCUUCCUAUGGCAAAAAGGAACUUCAGCUUGGGUUUUCCAGCUUGCAAACAGUUAAGUGACUUCCUGCAAACGCUACAGUCCCAGCAACCAGCCUUCCAAUCAAAAUUCUGUUUCUCUUUCUUUAACUGGAAACCUCAGGGAAGGGUGAGUCCAUCAGACAAAAGGAUCAUCAAGCAUGGGGUCAACACUGUGUUAGCAACUGGCUACUACCACUGCCAAUGGUCAGGGCUGCAUCGUGAGAUGGCAGCUGGUCUCUCCAGAGCAAGUGGACUGAGAGAGAACACCAUGUGGAAGCCGCACUCUCUUUAUAACAUAAUCUUGGAAGUGACAACUCAUCUCUUCUGCUCUCUCUUGUAUUAUACAUUGUUUAGAAGUGAGUCACUAAAUCUAGCCAGGAUGAUCAACUCAUCCCAUCCUUGUUUUUGCAACACUUUCCGGCUUCUAGCACUGAAAUUUUCACAUCUUGGGAACUCCCUUAGUCCUCCCUGCACAAACCAGGAUGGUCUGCUGGGGACAAGGGAGUGUCUUUGGGAGCACCUGCUGCAAGGGUGGGCAAAGCAGCUUCAUGACCAGAGAACACCUUCUGGCAAAGCAAUAUGGGUUUUGGCAUUUGGAAGUCAGAAACACAGCACUUUUGCCAAGAGUGUGUUGUGUAAGAUUCCCUUCAAUGUCUACACAUGGCACCUGAACAGAAGUGGCUGGAACAUCUCAAUGGUCUCCAUUUAUACUGCACGUUGUGUGGUGGCACUAAAUCUCUGGAAGGCAGAGACACCAGACCAGAGAGCCCGUUUGCAGGACGGUUUGGGACUGGGAAAAUCAUUGCAUUUCCUGCUUGGGAGAGGGAGAAGGGAGAAGCAGACAAGAAAAGUGAUGUGACUCCCAGCUUGCAGCAGUUCAGAUCUUUUUAGGGAACGGCAUUAUUUCAAUGGAAGUAUAUUUUCAGGACGUCAAGCAGGCCCAUCUCUGUUCAAAUUCCACGAGGCAACAAAA